AUGGCGUUUGACCGUAGGGUUUCGUCGCUUGUGUUGGGUGCUCGUUUGCUUAUACUCGUCGUAUUUCUGCCGAUAGUGGCUUCACAACGUCGUUGUCAGACUCUUACAAUCGAAGCUUGUAAAGGAUUGAAUUAUAACCGAACUUUAUUUCCGAAUUUUGAAAACCAUCGAACACAAGGACAGGCUGAUUCGCUGGUUAAUCAUUUCAAACCACUUUUCAGGGUAACAUGUUCACCCGAUUUGAAGUAUUUUAUAUGUACCUAUUACGCGCCCGUGUGCAAUGCUUUGGGUAAACUUAUCAAGCCCUGUAAAUCGCUCUGCGAAACCGCUCGCAACGAUUGUCAUCAUGUCAUGUCACGAUUUGGGUAUGUGUGGCCUUCGCAGCUUGAUUGUAAGAAAUUCCCCGAUAUAAAACAAGAGAUAUGUGUCGGGCGAAAUAACUCCAGAACGACUCCGGCACGUCCGAAAAAGCCUCGUCCGACACGAGUUAGUGCGACGAAAAUUGUAAAGGCCGGCGGUACAACAAAAAUUGUCAACAUACCGCACGGGACUUUUGCACCAACGAAAGCUCGCGUAAUGACCGAAUAUGAAUGCCCCGAUGUGCUAAAGGCACCGAACGAUCUUCACAAGUUUAUGGGGAAAAAUUUAUGCGGUGCCCCGUGUAAUAAUAUAUACUUCACAGACGACGAGCGAAAAAUCUCGCGAAUUUGGACAGGGUUUUGGAGUACGAUAUGCGCAGCGUCGACCAUAUUCACACUGCUGACAUUUUUCAUUGAUAUGCGACGAUUUCGCUACCCCGAACGGCCUAUAAUCUUUCUGUCCGGAUGCUAUUUCGUUGUCGCAAUCGCAUUCUUCUCCGGAUUCGUAGCGAAAGACCGAAUCGCAUGUAACGACCCUGUUUCAGAGCGCACAAACAAGACGCUGACACAAGGAACGAAAAACGAAGGAUGUACUGUUGUAUUUAUGAUGAUAUAUUUUUUCUACAUGGCUGCUAGCAUCUGGUGGGUCGUGUUGACUUUAACGUGGUUCUUAGCAGCCGGUAUGAAAUGGGGACACGAAGCGAUUGAAAAUAAUUCACAGUUCUUUCACCUUGUUGCCUGGGUAAUUCCGGCCGUGAAAACAAUUGCAGUUCUAGUCCUGACCGAAGUCGACGGAGACGAACUGACCGGCGUCUGCUUCGUUGGCUUGUCAAGCGAAGCUGCAUUACGUGGCUUCGUGUUGGGCCCUCUCAUUGUUUACUUUUUUAUCGGCACGUUUUUCCUACUUUCGGGUUUCAUAUCCUUGUUCCGUGUGCGUUCGGUGCUCAAAAAUGACGGCGACAAACGGGAAAAGAUCGAGAAAUUAAUGAUACGAAUCGGCGUGUUUUCUAUACUGUACAUGGUGCCUGCUAUAACGGUCAUCGGAUGCUUAUCGUACGAGCAAGGCAACAGACAGAAAUGGCGACAGUCGUGGCUUGAUGCGGAUUUGCUUGUACGAAGUCAUUGCAUCGGCAGUUCGUGUCCAACUCCAGUUGGCGAGCAACGGCCUGACUUUGCUGUAUUUUUAGUAAAAUACCUUAUGUUUCUUAUUGUUGGAGUGACGUCGGGAUUCUGGGUUUGGUCAACGAAAACGCUGGGCUCUUGGCGACGACUUUAUACGCGCCUCAAACCGGCGAAGAACGAGAUUAGCACAUAA